AUGGAUAUCGUAUCCAUUUCAACUGGCGGUGACAGUUCUGGCGGAGAUGGGCGGAUCAAAGGCCAUUUUGCAUCCUACAUGAACAAGCAGGAAAAUAUGCACAAAUGGGAGAAAUUGACAAAAGUCACUCUUUGGGAUCAGCCAAUCGACAGGGCACAAAUUAGAGGCUUACUCAAAAAGCGACCGAACCUACGAAUCGAUCAGUUGCAGACACCCAGCCCCGAAGUAGUAAAAUCGCUCACGGAUGCCGGCAUCUCACCUUCCAACAAGGAAGUAGAAGACGGAUUGAGUGUUGCCGAAGAGUUUGCUAAAGCAUCACAAAUCGUGCCCGUUGUAUCUUUCUGGAGAAACGGCAAAGUUAGAGGCCCAGAUAUGGCGGGUUUGGUGCGAUUAGAACAGACUCGGUUGGACGCUAUCCGGCGGUGUAAGGCUGAGCUUCAAGCACAGGCUGCGUUUGAGGCAGAGUCAGAGCUUGAGGCAGAGGCUGAACUCGAGGCAGAGGCUGGAAAUUUCCCUGGAGAAUCAGACAGUCGUAGGAAGCGGACUCUGGACCCGGCCUCACCCUCAUCAUCACGGCCAGCUCGAAAGGUCGCCAGAUGCGAAGGUUCCGAUCCCCGUUACGAAGAAGAUGCAAAGCAGGCCGACAUGACGAGUAGCACAAACGUCAAUGAAGCGUCAUCAAGUAUGGAAAGCACCUCCGGAAAUGCCAACGCCGUCAUCAGUUCUGAAGGAAGCGCCUUAAGUAAGAACGUCAUCAAAGAAGAACCUUUGGACGAGGAUGGCUUCGGAGUGAACUAUGAGCAAGCCGAAACUCAUGGAGUGGAUGCUUUGGACGACGAGGAGGAUGCUAUAAUGAGGACUGUAAUCAAGAGAGACGAUAGUGUAUGA